AUGUCAUCAUCAUCAUCUUCCAACCGUAAUCCAUCAUCAGGAACAUCUUCCGGUGUUCAUGUACACAACAAUUCCUCCGAUGUCAAUGCAAAUGCUACACAACCCAAAAUUGAAGAAAUUGUCGAUGAUGAUGAUGAUGUUACAACUGACGCCAAUGAAGAAGAAAUUGCAUUUUUAGAUGUAUACGUUCGUUUCAAUCAAGAUUCAGAAAGGGAUUAUUGUUUCCAAAUUAAUACCAAGACGACGUUUGGCGAUUUGUUCAAGAUUUUCGAAACAUUGCCAAUUGCAUUACGACCAAGUGUGUUUUAUCAUACCCAACCUAUUGGAUUUCAAAAAUCCACUGCUCCUGGAUACUUGACCGAGGAUGGGAAUUUUUUGUUUGAAGAUGAUGCUGCCAAACAAGUGUCUUCCAUUAUUCCCAAGGAAGAAUUGGUUAAUGUUCAUGUAUGGCCAGGUCAAUUGAUUUUACCAGUUUGGAAAUUUGAUUAUUUCACUUGGUAUUCAAUUCUUGGGUUAUUGGCAAUUUGGUUGUAUACUGAUUUACCCGAUUUUAUUAGUCCUACUCCUGGUAUUUGUUUAACUAAUCAUGCUACUAGAUUAAUGGCAUAUGUUGCCAAAUCAACUGGGUUUGUCAAUGUUGAACGUGCAUUGCUUAAAGAUUUAGAAGAUCCAGUGGAUGUGUUGUUGCAAUGUUUCUUUUUUGGAAUCCAUAUUGUUAAAGUUGUUGUCAUCUUUUUGUUUUUGUUUUCUGGUGCAUUCAAUCCAAUGAAACUUUUCCGUUUACCAGGAAGUGUUAAAUUGAAUGUAAGUCAAGAUGAAUUGGUUGCAUUGGGUUGGACAGGAACUAGGAAAGCUACUAUUGAUGAAUACAAGGAUUUCUACAGAGAAACCAAGAUUAAAGAGUAUGGAGGAAUGGUUCCUGCUCAUCAAAAGGGUUUGUUCAAUACAAUUAGACAUUUGGGUGUUCAUUUGAGCCAAGGCGAAGGUUACAAUACCCCAUUGACUAAAGAGUAUAUGGAAACCACCAUGAAGCAAUUGGAAAAGGAAGCUAAAAAGAACCCCAAAGAAUUUAAAUUACAUUUGAAUUAUGAAUGGUUUGCUGGCUUGGGAUACACAUUUGCUAAAUUUGCUGAUGGGUUGGAUACGAAACAAACUGCUGAUUUGAUCAAACAAUUUAGAAGGUAUGGAUUGUUUUACAGUGACCCAGUGUUUAGUGCCAUUAUAAAUGCCAGAAAACAUCAAGAUCCACAAAUAGCUCAGGAUAUUGCCGAUUUACCGCAACCUAAAAAAACGGAGACCAAAGAACCAACUGAAGCCGAAAUCAAGGAGACUAUCGAUGCAGCUAUCAAACAAACCAAAGAGGAGACAAAUUAA